AUGAUUUCAAAAGCAUGCGAAGAAGGACUCUCUGAGAAAAUUAUUAAUGAUGAUAAUAUACUACAUAUUGCAUCAUUCAAAGGAAAUACCAGACUUGUUAAAAAUCUUAUUGAAUGCGGCUGCAAGUUAGAAAUAAGAAAAGAAAAAGGAUAUACACCACUCAUUUGUGCUUCAAGAAAUGGCCAUCUUGAACUAGUGAAAUAUCUUAUUUCUGUUGGUACUGAUAAAGAAGCGAAAAAUAAAAUAGGAGGUAAAGCACUGAUUUAUGCAUCAUUUACAGGUCAACUUGAAGUUGUUAAGUUCUUAUAUACGAAAAAAGGAGAUUUGACAGAAUGUCAAAUCUCCUCAAAAAGUGACAGUUUACAUGGCAAACAAUUGCGAGCAAUUUUUAGCCAUUUUGGCUGA